CUCGUUCUUUCGUUUUCGUGCGAAGGAGAGAGAGGGGAAAACGGAUCACAGCAAAGCAACAAGAACGAAGAGCAAUGGCGACACUGGCUCGCCAAAUACCAAGUCCGGAUACGUUCCUCUGUCAGCCUUGGUCGUCUUUCGUCAGCGCAGCUCAAUUACCUUUUGUUGACAAUUCAUCCGUGGAGGUUGCAGACACCGAGACCUGCUGUCUGAGUGAAACUGUGAAGAACGGUAAACAAGAUAUGCUCGUCUACUGCCCUUUUCUCGCGCUGGAGGAUUUCUGUCUUGUUGUUUGCCAUGUCUGCAAUCAGGUGGUCACUCCUCAGGGCAUCCUCAAACACUAUGGUAGCUGGGGUGUAGUUUCCCUGUGAACAGAAACAGUCAGUCCCGGACCACCUCCCCUGCCCCUCUCCGUCCCACCCCCACAAAGAGACAUGCAUAAAAAGCGUCAUGGCUCCCCUGUUCCGUCUCGGGGUCCCCUUGUCCCGAUGAAGCCCAAGACCCCCGCGGUGGCCCCGGCUGUGAACCCCAGUCCGGGCGACACUCUGGCAUUCAGGGUGCCCAAAGACUACCCACACUCACGCUUCAACAAGGCACCACUCGCUGUCUACCCACCCAAGGGAGCCCGCAGCAAAACAUGUGUGUCUCUUCCGGUGGUCAGCCUGGAGAAGAUGCCCUGUCUGAGUCGUACCAGCUCCGCGUCCCACAUGCGCCUCAACUCUUCCCCCUCCGUCCACAAAGCCUCCUCCCUCACCUCUCCUCCCUCCCAGCGCUCGUCCGAAAAACUUCUCAACGGCAGGGGCAGCAGUGGACCCCCGACACCUCGCACCAGCCCCUCCCCUUCCUCUCUGGAUGGUCGCCCCAGCCCUGCCCGCUCGCCCCUGGACAGAAGACCCUCCUCCACUCCCUCUCCCUCCCAGCCUGACCGCAAACCCUCGCCAUCACCCUCCCCUUCGCACAGAUGUAGCGCUUUACCCUCAUCUUCAUCCUCAACACUGGAAAAGAAACAGCAAAAUGGAACCAAAACAACAGCAGCCAGGCCACACAAAAGGCUCUCAGGAAGAGUGUUCGAUCCAAAUAAGCACUGUGGAGUCCCAGACCCUGAGACGAAGCGGCCCUGCACGCGCUCUCUGACCUGCAAGUCUCACUCCUUAACUCAACGCCGGGCCGUCCAAGGAAGAAGGAAGCAUUUUGACAUACUGUUGGCUGAACACAAGAGUAAUGCCAAAGAGAAAGAGGGAGCAAAAGAGAGAGAGAAAGAGAGGGAUGUAGCCCAAGAACGAAAAGACCAGAGUUUGAACAAGAGUCUCACUUCACACCAGAGCCCCAGCAAGCCUCACUGCCCCAACGGACGACCACUGUCCACCCUAAAGCUACGGCUGGCCAAUGCUCACAUACCCAGGGCUCCAGGUCCCACUGCUUCCUCCUCAACCCCUCUGCCCCCCGCACCCACCCCUCCCUCCACUCCACACCCAGAGCCGUCCCCUUCAGGCUGGACGUCUUCAGCCGGAGAGGGGGGUCGACUCUCCAGUGAUGAGGGAGACGCAGAAUCACCAGAGGACACGGACAGAGCUGCCAUUCACUUCUCCAAUCACCACCCACAACCUCUGGGGUUUUGUGUUUUCAAAAGUCGACUAAUGGGACGGGGCCACUACGUGUUUGAUCGGCGAUGGGACAGGAUGAGGCUGGCUCUGCAGAAUAUGGUUGAAAAACAUCUCAACUCACAGAUGUGGAGGAAGGUGCCUUUUGCAGCUGAGAGCCUCCAGACACCCUCUUCCUCCUCCUCCUCCUCCUCCUCUUCUUCCUCUUCCUCCCAGCAGCCAUACCCUCCGUCCCCCCUCUCCGGCAGCUCUCCUGUCUCCACACUUCCAUCAAACUCCUACACUUCUACCUUUCCCCAAACAACAGGGGUUUUUAACAUCCGGGACACCCCACGUUCUCACACACAGACUGCACUGGGUAAAGCAGGCAACGGCACGCAUAAAUCAAGUCGCCAAUCGAAAGUGAUGGAGGACUCUUUAGUGGGAUCAAAGAAGAGGAAAAACUCUACUUUCUACUCGUUUUCGUCCUUGUUUCCAGCGGUAGAUAAUCACAAAAGGAAUGGUAGCAGUCACCAUCUGACGUUACAAGGCGCAGGGGGCACAGUUGCCACUCCUGGACGCCGAAAAGAGCUCGGAGGUGGGGGAGGUGGACUGUGGAGUGGGGCAGAGGGCUGGAUGUCGAGAGUUGAAGGGGCGCACAACUCACAAAGCAGUCGUGAGGCUGGCGUCAGUGCACCCUACACAUCCACCAAGGAUGCAGCCACUGCCCCGUACCAGCCCCUGCCCUCCCCCUCUGUCCCCCCGACCUAUGGAGGAAAACCAGAUAAUCGAAAGAGGAGGAGUCCCAGCUCCUUCAGAGGGAAGCCUAGCAAACUGAGCCGGCCGCGUGAACCAGAGAGCAUGUUUGGAACAGGCAACGACAGCAGUGGGAUACUGGCUUUGAGACCAGAGUCACCCAGACAGGUCAAGAUGCAUCACUGACACAAACCUGCUUCCUGGUUUGAAUGUUGGGCAGCUGCGAAGGCCACCACCAGUUGUGACCUUUGAACUCACCACUCUCUCACAAAACCAAUGGGCCGCUAUCCUGUUUAAAGUCUCUUUUUUACUUUAUAAAAAAUGAAUUCGCUCACAGAGACAAACGUUCUGGGAUUUUCAACCACAUUAGAACUGAUUGUACUUCUAGCCUGGACACCUUUUGGAUACAUUUCCAUGGAAAACUGUUGUUCACUCAGUCAGAACUCUCUCAUGUAGAAAGGGAAUUUGCCUUGACUUUACACUAAGGCAGCCUCAGCACCACUGCUCAAAAACUCCAAUGCAAUCAGAGCAUUUCUGGUUGUCUGUGUACCACUUCAACCACUUCCUGUGUCUGGUCAACAAUAGAGGAAAAUCCCAUUUGUUUUUAUGGUGUGCUGAUUUGAAGGACCCUCCGACACAACUACUGUAGGACUGUGAACUGCAGCUAUGCCACUUUGACUACCCCUGGUCCCUUUGCUCUUUCAUUUAAAGAAAGCAGCUUUGAUUGAGUUUUAUCCAUCUCUCUCUCUUUUCCUGUUUUUCUCUCUUUCAAAUCAUUCUUUUCAUCUUUUUGGAAACUGCUGUUUAUCUGUGUAUCUCUACUGCUGUCCUUGUUUCUCUAUACAAACCUAUCUUUGCCUUUGUGUACCCAGCAUGCCCGUGGUCAAAGUGCACUUACUCCUGUCUCCUCUAUCUCUCCCUCUACCCUCUGUCUUUCUCUCUCUUACUCCCCCUCCCUCUCUGUCUCUCUCUGUCUCUCUCCCCCUCCCUUUCCCUCAUUCUCUCUCUGUCACGGACUCCACAGCAGCCUCCAGCAGUGCCACACAAGGGAAGAUAACGUCUUUGUUACCGAUUCACUCAAUUUCAAUAUAAGAGGAAGAUUGUUGAUUUAUUCCCUUGAGUUAUUACUGCGAAAAACACAAGCGUCUGUGCGUGUGUCAGGACUCGCAUCCCAAAUGGACUGAUGAUGAUACAGUGAUGGAUGUCAUUUUGUAAAAUAAUUUAUCAUUGAUUAUGUUUGUUUUUGUAACUGACCUUUGAUGUUUGAGACAUUUUGAGCAAAAAAUAUUUCUAUGGCAUUUUGAAGAACUGUUGAAAGUAUUAUGAAAGUUCAUAUUGUUAAAAUGUGUACAUAGCUGUUUCUAUUUUUGUAUUUAUUAAUAAUUUACCUUUUACUAGGACAAGUUUUGCCCUAAUACCAUAUUUUUAUUUUGUCAUAUUAAUACUUUGGUCUGGUUCCUCACAAGUACAAGAAUAUGGUGAUAUGUUAAUUUCUUUAGUGGACCAUUUGUAGAGUCCUUAGCAGGCAUUUAGAGGUCUAUAAAUUAGAAUGUAAUUGAAAAGUCAAUGCAUGUCAACGGUUCAAUUCAAUGUGGAACAAAUAUCGAUUCUGAGUAAUAGAGAAGGAUAGAGUAGAAACAACUUUACUCUGCAAAAAUAUUUACAGUAGUCUAAAUACAGAUUAUGUUGCGGUUCGAUUUAUUGACUUGGAUGAAUAAUAUUUGAUGUUCAACUUAACCAUAAGUCAUUGAUUGUGUUGCUGUAUUGAUCUACUCCACUGACUGUAACAACCUGGUAUCACACAUAUCAAUCUUAUAAUUUUGAGAAACCAGACCCGUGUAAGGGCCCCACAUUCCUGUUUACCUGUGGUUUACCCUUUAUCCUUCCGCUGUUCAGAGCUAUACGAUUAUUUUUACCUGUCCACAACUUCCAAGACACCCACAUCUACUUCUAUGUCUGGCCGAUAUGAUUUUAUUUGGAUACAUUUAACGUUACAACUUCAAGACGAUUUACCCAAUAAUUGCAUUUUAUAUUUUUACAUGAGAGUCAGUUUUUUAUCUGCCCCAUUUUGUUGAAACUAAUUCUAGCGUUCACAUAAGACUUAAUCAUAAGAAUUGGCUUGACAGUAGCAUAAAGCUGUGAAGGCUACACCAGGUACUUGCCAACUGCUUUUCAAGUAAUUUUUAGAGUGUUGAAUAAUGAAUGAAUUGUACAUAUUGGGUUGUGUUUUUUCCAUGUUUUCAAAGUGCUUCCCAUGAUGACACUUUAUUGGUGUGUUAAAUGUAUUAGAUCUGUUUCUGGCCUAUAGCUGGCUUCAACUGUGGAUACAUACAGUACAUGUUUACUUGGGUACUUACGUAAUUGUAAGUGUAUAAAUACUUACUUGUACUACAUUACUGGCAAUUGUGUUUUCACCAAUCUUCUUAGCCUGCUGCUAUAUGCCAUGGAUUAAUUAUAAAAGCCAAUGAAUACAACUGUUAGUUUAUAUUUCUGUUGGUUUAGUGCCUAUAAUGCUAUGUUUAAGGCUUACGGUCUUGGUUUUUAGUACAUUUUCUGCUUUGUACUUUGUUUUUACCUAUCUAAGGGUCUUAUGAUGGUAUUUCAACAUUACGUUUGAUGAAUAGGAACUUACAGCCUUUUGCAGCUAAAUGUCUCAAAGCUGUUGUAUGUUGUUGUCGCUGUAGAAUUUUGUGGAGGUAUUAACAUUUUCUAAAACCUUCCUUUUUGCACUUUGUCAUAAAUGCCCUGAUCUUUAAUCAAGUUCUAUUUAUAUAAAUAUUUGAAAUAUACAAAUCUUUAUCUAUAUAUUUGUAAAGGUAUUUCAAGCUACUACAGUAAAUGAGGAAGAAUAUUCUUUUGACACAGCCCCUCAGAGUUGUGCUGGUGAUUGCCUAUGUGGUUCAAACUGUUGUCGUUCACAGCGGUUGGACCAAAAUUUAUUUCCCAAAACAAGUGAACAUUUGCUGUAAAAUAUUCAGACAUUUAUUAAAAGAUUUCAAGUUGA